AUGUUCCAUUUGUUGGAAAUGCGAAAGGAGAAGAGCAGAGAUGCUGCAAGAUCACGUCGUGGAAAGGAGAACUUUGAAUUCUAUGAACUCGCAAAGAUGCUACCACUACCCGCCGCAAUCACGUCACAGUUGGAUAAGGCAUCGAUCAUAAGGCUGACUAUUUCAUAUCUCAAAUUGAGAGAUUUCUCGGGGCAUGGAGAUCCACCAUGGAACCGGGACACACCACCACCUAAUAAAAUUAUUAAAGGAACUAAAAGAACUAGACUGUCAUCAACGCCAUUUGCAGAAGACAUGUUCGAACAGCAUCAGGGGACUCACAUUCUUCAGUCGUUGGAUGGUUUCGCAAUGGCAGUAGCUGCUGAUGGACGAUUCCUGUACAUUUCUGAAACGGUCUCCAUUUACCUUGGUCUGUCCCAGGUGGAGAUGACGGGAUCAAGCGUCUUCGACUAUGUCCACCAGCAGGACCAUGCCGAGGUUGCUGAGCAACUUGGUUUAGGUCUGACUUCCACGGGUUCCUCAUCUGGUCCACACUCCUCAAGUUCUGGUCUGGCGUCGCCCAGCAGUGCUGCUUCUGAGGAGCACGGUUCUACUUCUACCGCAAAUCCUGAUGUCUCCUCUGUGAUGUCGUUAACUACGACCGGUCUGUACAAAGGAUACGAUAGAGCAUUCUGUGUCAGAAUGAAGUCGACACUGACUAAAAGAGGGUGUCAUUUCAAGUCUUCCGGAUACAGAGUUGUUUUACUUCUCUGUCGACUGAGGCCGCAAUACCCAUUCAGUCAUACUAGAAAAUCAUCACCACCUCUGAUGGGAAUGGUGGGUAUCGCCAUUGCUUUGCCACCACCCAGUGUACAUGAGAUUCGGUUGGAGGCUGAUAUGUUUGUAACUAGGAUCAGUUUUGAUUUCCGGAUAGCACAUUGUGAACCAAAAGUUUCAGAAUUAUUAGAUUAUACGGCUGACGAGCUGACCGGAAAGAGUCUGUAUGCCCUCUGUCAUGGAGAAGACGCGAAUCGUCUGAGAAAAUCGCACGUCGAUUUGAUCAAUAAAGGGCAAGUCCUCACGCAUUACUACAGAUUAAUGAAUAAGAGUGGUGGAUACACGUGGCUGCAAACCUGUGCUACCGUCGUUUGUAAUUCAAAGAAUGCCGAGGAGCAGAAUAUUAUUUGCGUCAACUACGUUAUAAGUGGAAGAGAAUACGAGAAUUUGAUAAUGGACUGUUGUCAAUUGGAGGACGGUGUUUCCGGUGUAAAACGUGAAGAUGCAGCGGGAAACGACCCCGAAAACGGUUCCCCGGAUGCUGAUAGAGGAGAGGGCAGAAACAGUGGUGGUCCUUCGAAUUCCCACCCAGAGAAUCCCCAUCAUUCGCCUCCUGAAGAUCGAGAGGACAGUAGAAACUCAGAAGGUGAGACCCGUGGUGGUCGUCACCAUGACAAUGUAGCUCAACUUCAACAGGAACCGCAGGCAACCGUGACAAACUUGGGCAGUUUAUCAGUAAAGUCAUUGACCCGUCACAAACGGAAAUUUCCGCAGGAGGAUGACAGUUCAUCUGGAGAAGAAGAUGAUGAGGAAGAGACUGUAAAAACCCCGAGAAAUCACGCUUUGAGUCCAGCCUCAUCGAAUCAUUCGAUACCUACUGACCAAGUGCUGGGAUCAUCGAGUCCAAAAGUACGAAGAACUGAAACUAGAGAUGAAGUUCAUGGAGGAACCUCCGUAAAGGAUUUAGAACAGGCAAUGUCGAAACACCUUCCAGGAGCAUCACUGAGCAAGCCCGAAUCUCCUGCUCUCCAUCAACCAACUGAUUUCAGUACAGAUGCUCUGUUGAAGCAGCAGCAGCAAAAGUCUACGAUCCAGUGGAUAGGUGCUCAUCAUCACCUGGGGCAUCUCAGCCCCCAGCAGUCAUCCGCAGCUCCCCACCCAGCGUCAGCCCUCCUCCGCCAACUCUACGUCAAUCGAGAGAGUGUAAUUAGAAAUGUCCACGGAAUGAGUUCGAGUACGAGCAGAACUCCGACAUCAGGGGGCGUUUACUACUCAGGAGAAACACCUCAAGGUCCACUACCAACUCCACCGGGCUCAGAGGGCUCAUCAACGUACGGAGAGCAUCAGUUUGUUCUUAGUCACAAUCAGAAAUCAGCGACAGGUACGAGUGGAACUGAAGCUUUUCCCAGUCUGGUAUCUUCGUACUCGUCAGCAGGUGGCUAUGGAGUGGACUAUCACUCGACAAUGACUCCACCGUCUUCAGUAUCACCGAGAGACAAACAGCAGCAGCAACAGGCUCACCAGCAACAGCAACAACAGCAGCAACAACAAGCUCAACUGCAUUCUUCAAGUGUAGUCAGCAACUACGAAGCUCCAGUCUAUGGAGAUCCUGUUCUCAGACAUCAGUACGAACCCGCUCAACCGCUGCCCUUAAAACCACAGGUAUACUCAGCUGCUGUUCAUCCUAGUGCGCUUGAUGCCGCUGCUGCUUACGCAGCCUCCGCUGGCCUCAGUGAACAACCUCAGUUCUAUCAUCAUCCAGCUGCUGGCCCUGGAUUUCAUCUCUACCAUCCUAGCAACAAGGCUACCGCCAAUGGCUGGUACAGCUCGGCCUCCUAGUAGCUUGAAAACAUAUGGCGUGUACUUAAAUAAGUGAAAAAUCAACCCAAAGUCUGUUUUAUUAAUGAACAAAAGGAAUUUAAACUCCGGUGCAUAUCAGCGACUGCCGCGUUCUAUUUUAUCAACAAUUAUUCGUUAAUUCCUCUUUGAAAAGGUUGUUCUAGAGGAGUCGGUAUAACCUAGGUUCGAAAAGGACUUGAAAAAAUAAAUAAUUCUUUUCUAGAAAAUUCUUAUUAUAGGGUGAGAGUGGGGCAAAAUGAAACUGUCGAAAAUACGACUGUUUUACGCAAUUCAAGCAAAAAAAUUUUUUUUUCUAUUAAUUUUUGUUUAUCAACUUUUUUUUUAAUUAUUGGGAGUACUGAUCAGAAUAAUAAUUUUCCAUUCAGUAGAAUGAACAAUUAUUGCGAUGUUUUGAUGGGAGAAGAUUUUGUCAAUGUAUUAAUUGAAAAGAAAAUGAAACAAAAUCCAAAGUCCAGAGAAAAGCCCAGGUAGAGACUUGAAUUGGGAGAAAGGAAAAUGUGAUACGGAAUUUCAAUCGAAUGAAAAAAAAAAGUAUAAUCUGCCUAAUCUAAUAAAUUGAAUUAUAAGAUGAAUAAAAC